AUGCGCGUCGGCAUGGACGUUGACGGCCUGUGCGAGCACGCAUCGUGGUUGGAAGGCCUGCUGCGUCUCGACCCGCGCGGCGGGUUCUUCGACCACAUCGACGUCGCCAAGGGCUUCUACGGCAUCAUGAAGGCGCCGGCGGAGAACGUGACGAGGGUGAGGGCGAUCUCCAGGGCGACGGGCUACCCCGUCGACGGGCUCCACGACUACUGGGCGCUCAAGACCCGCGUCAUGUUGUCGCACCUGAGGAUCAAGAAGAAGGAGCGGGAGCUCACCAGCACUGCGAUCGAGAAAGCGCAGCCCGAGCUGAGGUCGAUGCUGUCGCUGAUCUCGAGGCCCUCGCCGUCGCCGCCCGCCAAGCCCAGCAGAUCAGCAGCGCAGCAGGAGCCAGUCCAGAACCCGUUCAUCAACUACAGGGUUCCCGAGCUGUUCACAAGCCCUCCUCAGACGGGCGUCGGCUUCGGGAGCUCGUCGGUCCUGGACUCCGACGGCGACGAUGACGACGAGGACAAUCAUCCGAUCUUCUGCCACUUCGAUGGCCGUGCCAUCCAGCUCGUGCUCUCCAACGGCUCGGCCAGAGAAGCUGAAUGGUUUCGCGUGAGUGGUGACGGCUUCGUGAUGGGCGUGUGGGACUCCGUGAAGGGCGCCGACGGCGAGCCGUACUCGUGGGAGUCGGAGCUGUCGGCCGACUGGCUCGGA